GGAAGUUAGAGGAAGUGAAAUGACUAGUUAAACAAGUCUGACGUUAUUUCAGCCGCAACACACUGUAGCUUCACUUGAAGCAACCAAGCAGGCAAGGAUUGAGGAAGAACAUGGAUUGAGGCAGUUUGGAAGAACGAAUGACUUCAUAAUGGAAACAUACGGAUAUUCACAAUUACAGUCUACAGUGAAUCACUGUGGAGAAAGUGCUCCUAAAAUUGCCAGGUUGGACAAGUUGGAUGGACCAAGCUGCAUCUCUGUGAAGAGUUCGAGUUCAAUGCUGGAUCCGAUUGAAUUUAAAAAAGCAGCUGGCCUCAUACAAGGAAAUACGUGUCUGGCAUCAGUGCCCAAACCUGUGGCUGCAACAACCAAGGGUAUUUUCAGAGACCAAAGGAAUCAUGCUGAUGGCUUUGGCAAGUCCUGCUCUCCUACAGUUACCGAAGUCAAGUUGCAAAAUAAACAAAAGGACAGGCUAAAGGCAAAAUUUCAGCACAUUUACUAUGACCCAACAAUACAGGGUCAGUCAACAUUCUUGAAUGAAAUUUACACAGAGCUGUACAUCACUGAGAGUGACGGUGGGAAUGUCCAAAUGGAACAUGAGGUCAGGCAGAUUGAAAUCAUAUCCAAGACACAAACCGCAACAGAAAUACCAAUCAAAUGCAACGACAUCUUCAAGCCCACACAUGGACAUGGCAAACCUAUUAGGAAUGUCCUGACGAAGGGGGUUGCUGGAAUUGGAAAGACAGUGUCUGUACAGAAAUUUGUCUUGGACUGGGCUGAAGGUAAAGCAAAUAAAGACAUCGGGUUCAUUUAUCCAUUUGCAUUCCGUGAACUAAACCUGAUGAAGGGGGAGAAGUUCAGCCUGAUCAGUCUUCUUCAGUGUUUUAACAUGGGUACGUUUGAAGCAAGUUGCAAAGUUCUCUUCAUCCUUGAUGGACUGGAUGAAUGUCGCUUUCCUUUAGACUUUCAGAACAACCGGAGAGUGUCUGAUCCAACAGAACAAGUGUCUAUUGAUGUCCUACUGACAAACCUCAUCAAUGGAAGCCUAUUUCCUGAUGCUCUUCUCUGGAUCACUUCUCGUCCAGCAGCCGCCAGUCAGAUCCCUCAACAGUGCAUUGACAUGGUGACUGAGGUACGAGGAUUCAAUGACCCCCAGAAGGAAGAGUAUCUCAGGAAGAGGAUAAACGACCAGAGUUUGGCGAGCAGAAUCAUUGCGCACAUCAAGUCCUCAAGGAGCCUUUUCAUUAUGUGCCACAUUCCUGUCUUCUGCUGGCUUUCUUCAAUGGUUUUGGAGAGAACUAUCAGUACUCUAGAAGGCAAGGAAGUUCCCAAGACACUCACUCAAAUGUAUAUACAUUUCCUCCUAAUCCAAACCAGAACUAAAAACCACAGGUACUCUGAUGGAAACGAGGGUCCAUCUGAUGAUGGCAUGAUCAUUAAACUGGGCAAACUAGCCUUUCAACAGCUGGAAAAGGGAAACCUAAUAUUUUACGAAGAUGAUCUCAGGGCAUGCGGCAUCAACGUCAAAGAGGCUGUUAUCUAUUCGGGAGUGUGCUCGCAGAUCUUUAAAGAGGAAUGUGCCUUGACUCAGAGUAAAGUGUAUUGCUUUGUUCACCUGAGCAUCCAGGAGUUUCUUGCUGCCGUAUAUGUGUUCCUCAUGUGUAAGAGGAAUGUUCUUGACCAGACAAGUUGCACUGCAUCAGAUGCUACCCAAGCACUCGAUGAUAUUUACAAGAAUGCCAUAGAUCGAGCUUUGAAGAGUGAAAACGGGCACUUGGAUCUCUUUCUCCGCUUCCUUUUAGGGCUUUCUCUGGAGUCCAACCAGACCCUUUUGCACAGUCUGCUCCCACAGGUUGGACCCAGCCUGGAAAACACAGAAGCGACAGUCCAAUACAUCAAAAUGAAGAUAGAGGAGAACUCCUCCUCUGAGAAAUCUAUUAAUCUUUUCUACUGCCUGAAUGAGCUUAAUGAGCUCUCCAUACUAAACGACAUUCAGCGCUAUUUGAGUCCCUCCAAACUUUCCCUUGCUCAGUGGUCUGCCCUCGUCUUCGUAUUGCUGACAUCUGAGGCAAGACUUGAUGUAUUUGACCUCAAGAGGUAUAUCAGAUCAGACGAAGGACUUCUGAGACUGAUGUUGGUGGUUAAAGCUUCAGAAAUUGCUUUGCUGGAUAACUGUGGGCUCACUGAGAGAUGCUGUAAAGCACUGGGCUCUGCGCUCAGCUCUGAUUCCUGCAACCUGCGAGAGCUGAAUUUAAGUGGAAACUCUAUUGGAGACACAGGACUGAGGCUUCUUACAGAAGGACUGGGAAAUGGCAACAGUAAAUUACAAACACUAAGGCUUUCAUAUUGUAGGAUCACACCGCAGGGCUGCCUCACUCUGACCUCACAGCUUCUUCCCAGACUUCCACACCUAAAAGUACUGGAUCUGAGUGAGAACAGCUUAAGACAGACAGGAAUUCGAGUACUUGCGACCUAUCUACAGAAUCCAGAGUGCAAACUUGAGAUAUUAAGACUGAAAGACUGCAGAGUUACCCCAGAAGGAAGUAAAGCUUUAGCAGCGGCACUGAGCUUAAAUCCGUCCCACCUGAAAGAGCUUGAUCUCCACUGGAACAAUCCAGGAGACGACCCAGGAGUUGAGCAGCUGGCUGAUGUCAUGAAGGAUCCACGCUCCAAGCUUGAAGUCUUAUGGGUAAGUUACGGUCUGCUCACUGAGAAAUGCUGCCAGGCUCUUGCUUCUGUUCUGAGGUGCCCCUGUGGUUAUCUCAAAGCUGUGGACCUGAGCGGAAACUCGAUACAGGACACAGGAGCAGAGCUACUGUCUUCUGGCCUGAGAAGCCCACACAGCAAAUUAGAAAUACUGAGAUUGGCAUUUUGCGGCAUCACAGAAAAAGGAGCUGCAUCUUUGGCUUCCGCUCUUACUGCAAAUCCUGUAACGCUCAAAGAACUGGACCUGAGUGAGAACCCUGUUGGAGACUUUGGAGUGAAAUCACUCUCACUUGUGAUAGAGGAUUUUAACUGCAGGUUACAGACACUCAGGCUUAGACAGGGCGGAGUCACGGGAGACGGCUGUAUCGCUCUGGCUUCGGCUCUGACCAGGAACCCUAUCCAUCUCCGAGAGCUGAACCUGGGAAACAACGAGCUAACAGACACAGGGAUAAAACAUCUUUGCGACGUCCUGAACAGUGACAGUGAACUUUUCCAGUUAGAGCUGAACGAGUGCUGCUUAACUGAGAGCUGCUGCAAUUCACUGGCGUCGGUUCUCCUGAAAGAGUGCUCUAGUCUAAAAGUCUUGAAUCUGGGAGGAAACCAAUUGCACGAUUCAGGAGUGAAUACUCUCUGCGUCGGACUAGAAAGUCCAAACUGCAAACUGGAGAUAUUGAGGCUGUUUAACUGUGGAAUCUCUGGAAAAGGAUGUGAAAUCUUAGCGUCAGUUCUGAGCAGAAAGCACUCGGUCGUAAAAAAACUGGACCUUAGUGAAAAUAACCUUAAAGACACGGAUACAAAGCAGUUGAACAUCUUACUUGAAGAUCCAGGCUACGAACUAGAUCAAGUCAAUUUAUACUGAACAACGCAAAGGAUGUAAUCAGAAGAUGGUCAGACUUGACGGCAAACAACCUGUGGACUUCUUGGAGCUCUUCCAGAAUAUAUUUAAUUUGUAUUUUUCUGUUAUGCAAGUGCACCUUUUUUUAGGGGACAUUAUAUUAUAUAUGAUGCUUAGAUUUUUGUUGUUUCAUAUGGGAACUAGUGUAGUCACUACUGUUUUAUAGUCAGUUGUGUCAGUUACAGUAACUGGACUGAUGAUUGUGCAAUAGAUUUUGAUGCAACAUGAUCAGUUAAGGUCAUUUUUUUGUUAGUUCAGAUUGAAUUGUGUAAGUGUUGUCAUAUUUUAUUUAAAUGUAUAUGAUAAGCCUUAUUAAGAAAUAAACUUUUUCUAACUUCUG